UGCCAUCAUGCAUUGUUCGCGCCUCUUCGUGAGCAUAGCUUGCUCUCAGUGCAUUGUUGGACAGACACAAUCGGUAGCACCAUGAAAGCGACCACUCUCCUGACCGCCACCGCCGGUGCGGCAUUCGCCAGCUCAAUCGGACAGCAAGUCGAACCACAACACAUCUUCUCCAACCCAGAGACAAUCAACGACGAUGACUUCCACUUUCCCACCAUCCGCGAGUCCACCGCUCAGGCACGGAAGAUCCUCCACCUCUCAACAGUGGGCACCCUCAUCACCGUCUUCCCAUCCACAUCACACAAAAGCGACGAUGCCUCCACAGCCGAAAACCGACCCUCAGACGUCGAAGGCUCACCGAUAGGCCUAAUGGAAUAUUACGCCGACUGCGAUCCUCACAGCGGCAACCCCAUCCUCCUCGCCCUAGACAUCGCAACACCCUACAAAAACUACAACCAAGGCUCCAACAUCUCCCUCAGCGUCCGCUGGUGGCCUACACAAAAGAACACUUACUCAACAUCAGCGAGCACAUUCUCCAAACUCACAAAUUGGCUCUGGAGAUCCCAAGACGAAGAUGAGAUCCCGACACCUCAUACACCCGCCGCGCUACCUCGCUUCUCGCUUCAUGGGCGUUUGGAACCCGUGUCAGAAGAACGACUGAAAGAUGGAAAGAUUCAAGCAUGUUUCUUGCGAAGUCAUCCCGAUUCGAUAUUCUGGCAGCCGGGAAAUGACAUUCAUGAGAGCCAUUAUGCUCAGUUGAUCGUGGAUCACAUCUAUUGGUUUGGAGGGUUUGGAGACCGGGCGAGGAUUGGAUGGUUGCCAUUGGAUGUGUGGCAGAAUUUGACGAUGAAAGAGAUUAUUGAGGCGAAGCUGCCUGGGGAGGAGAAGUGGAGACAUGGGAGUGUGGAUUGGAAGUUUGGGUUGUGAGUGAGGGGAAGAUGAGAGGAUGUUAUGGGGAUAGAAAACACGAGACGAAGCAUAUAUACUGGGUAGCAUAUUCAUGAGCAAUGAACAUUGAGAUCAAGAC